AGCGCCGGCUCCGCGCCUCGCGCCCAGUCCGCGGGCCGCGCCGCCGCUCCCGCUGCUCCAGCCGCUCCCGCAGCCGCCCCGCCGCCCGCCCGCCCGCCCGGAGACCCGCGCCCCCAGGCCCGGCUCUCGCCUGCCCGGGACCCGCCCCGCCCGCCCCACGCAGCCGCCCGAGAAGAUGCGGCUGCUCCCAGAAUGGUUCCUCUUGCUCUUUGGCCCGUGGCUCCUUAGGAAGGCUGUCAAUGCCCAGAUACCAGAAUCCGGAAGGCCGCAGUACCUGGAGCUGCGCCCCGCUGCGGCGGCAGCAGGUGCUCCGGGCCAGCAGCUGCCAGAGCCGAGGUCUUCCGACGGCCUAGGCGCCGGCCGCGCCUGGAGCUGGGCCUGGCCGACCAACCACACGGGGGCGCUGGCCCGGGCGGGGGCAGCCGGGGCGUUGCCCGCGCAGCGCGCCAAGAGGAAGCCGUCCAUCAAGGCGGCUCGCGCCAAAAAGAUCUUCGGCUGGGGGGACUUCUACUUUCGGGUGCAUACUCUCAAGUUUUCACUUCUGGUGACCGGCAAGAUCGUGGACCAUGUGAACGGUACCUUCAGUGUGUAUUUCCGCCACAACUCGUCCAGCCUGGGCAAUCUCAGUGUCAGCAUCGUGCCGCCCUCCAAGCGUGUAGAGUUUGGGGGAGUCUGGCUGCCCGGUCCUGCCCCCCACUCUCUGCAAUCUACGCUGGCCCUGGAGGAGGUGCUUCCUGGGCUGGGGCCCCCGCUGGGGAUGGCGGCAGCAGCGGCAGGGCCGGGGCUUGGGGGCUCCCUCGGGGGCGCACUGGCGGGGCCGCUUGGGGGCGCGCUGGGAGUGCCAGGGGCCAAAGAGUCGCGCGCUUUCAAUUGCCACGUGGAGUAUGAGAAGACAAACCGCGCUCGCAAGCACCGCCCGUGCCUGUACGACCCAUCGCAGGUGUGCUUCACCGAGCACACGCAGAGCCAGGCCGCCUGGCUCUGUGCCAAGCCCUUCAAAGUCAUUUGUAUCUUCGUCUCUUUCCUCAGCUUUGACUACAAACUGGUGCAGAAGGUGUGCCCAGACUAUAACUUCCAGAGUGAGCACCCCUACUUCGGAUAGCGCCCCUCCCCAGCCCCCCAGCCUUGAGCCUCCCGCCAAAUCCCAGCCUCACUAGGUGGGAACCCCCACUCCCACCUUGUUCUACCACUCCCUUGGCCCCACUUCUUCCACUCUGGGGCUGGAGGGGAACGACCCUCUCGGGACCCUCAGCUACCGUGGGUGCCCUUUUCCUUAUGUGGAGUGCCCGAGAGGCUGGGGUAGCCCCCUCCAAUACACCCCAAAAUGAAAGGGGUAAGAGUGCAGCCCCAGAAUAGGUGGAGCUUGGAGGUGGUCCCAAUGUCCCCUAGGUCCACACUGAGUCCCUUUUUCAUCCUCGGCGCUAGGCUGGGCACUCCCUUCCCCGCCCACCGCCCCCUCCCCAAGCUUUAAUAAUUCCUGGCCUGGCACCCUCAACCCGCCCUGACUUUCCUAUCCCCCAGCACUUUGUUCUGCGCCACCCUGCCCGCCUAAGACUGUAAAGGCCUAAAAACCCCGGCCUGUCCUCCCACCUUUCUGCCUGCUAUAUGCCUGUCCCCUUUUCCUCCAAACCACAUUAGGGUAGUGGAAGCAGAACUCCUGGGCUGAGGCGCUGGCCCGGCCCGGCCCGGCCCCUACCCGCCUCCCUCCAGUCAGUCCCUGCAGUCCAGCUCCACCCGCCCUCUCCAGCUGCUUCCUCUCGGUGAUAUUUUUUCUACGCCAAAACAGACGAGAAAGGGAACAAAAUAAAGUGAAAUCCAAUAC